AGUUAGUCUUGUUAUUCAAGUCGAAGAUCUAAGUCAAUCUUAGUUCGAAAUUCAAAGUAACAGCUGAAUAAAUAGGUAAGCCGUUAAAUGGAUGAAUUUAACAUUUUUUUUUAUUAAAACCUGUUGUUUUUUUGUUUUUUUUAAAGUUAUUGUUAUGCGUAAGAAUUGAAUUGCGCUGGAAACCAUUUCUGAUGAUUAAGUUGUUUGAACGCGAGGAUAAUGAAAAUUAAAUACUCAAACGUAGAAACAUUACAAGAAAAACAAUAUAUAUAUGUAUAUUUAUAUAUAUAUAUAUAUUUAUUUAUUUAUUUAUUUAUUCAUUUAUAUAUAUAAAGCUGUAAUCAGACCAGUUGUAACAUACUCGAGUAAAACUUGAACAAAAAGCCGCAGAAAACCUAUUAAACAAAUGGGAGAGAAAAGUUCUUAGGAAAAUAUAUAUUCACUAUUAUGCACCAACAAAGGAUGAAUAUGGAUGGAGAAUACGAACCAACCAGGAAUUGUAAAGUCUAAAAGAUAGUAGCAGAAAUCAAAAAGGGGGGGGGGGGGCUACGCUGGGUGGGACACAUAGACUACUUAGAGAGAAUGCCAAGUGGCAGAGGCGGGGAGAGGGUGCAUCACCAAAAUCCCAGAGGAAAACUUGAAUAUGGAUGGAGAAUACGAACCAACCAGGAAUUGUAAAGUCUAAAAGAUAGUAGCAGAAAUCAAAAAGGGGGGGGGGGGCUACGCUGGGUGGGACACAUAGACUACUUAGAGAGAAUGCCAAGUGGCAGAGGCGUGGAGAGGGUGCAUCACCAAAAUCCCAGAGGAAAACGGAAGCAAGACAGAUGGAUGGAUGUUAUGGAGAGGGAUCUACAGCAGUUGGGAAUUCCAAGCAUGGAAGAGAAAAGCAUUUUAGGUCUGAGUGGAUGGAUAUGGCCUACUUCACCAUACUACAUCACCAUACUACAUCACCAUACUACAUCACCAUACUACAUCACCAUACUACAUCACCAUACUACAUCACCAUACUACAUCACCAUACAACAUCACCAUAUUACAUCACAUCACCAUACUACAUCACCAUACUACAUCACCAUAAUACAACACCAUACUACAUCACCAUACUACAUCACCAUACUACAUCCCAUUACUACAUCACCAUACUACAUCACAUCACCAUACUACACCACAUCACCAUACUACAUCACCAUACUACAUCACAUUACCAUACUACAUCACCAUACUACAUCCCAUUACUACAUCACCAUACUACAUCACAUCACCAUACUACACCACAUCACCAUACUACAUCACCAUACUACAUCACAUCACCAUACUACACCACAUCACCAUACUACAUCACCAUACUACAUCACCAUACUACAUCACCAUACUACAUCACCAUACUACAUCACCAUACUACAUCACCAUACUACAUCACCAUACUACAUCACCAUAAUACAUCUCCAUACUACAUCACACCACCAUACUACAUCGCAUAUAUUUACAAUAGUGUGGACUGGUCUUGCGAAAAGAAACAGCACACUUUGACCAUUGCCUCCAAAGGUUGGAGGUGGACGAUGAACAUAUUAUAUCUAUAAGACUCAUCCAUAAAUAUGACAAAGAAUCAUUCUGGUCAGGAAUCAUUCUGGUCAGGAAUUAUUCUGGUCAGGAAUUAUUCUGGUCAGCAAUCAUUCUGGUCAGGAAUCAUUCUGGUUAGGAAUCAUUCUGGUCAGGAAUCAUUCUGGUCAGGAAUCAUUCUGGUCAGGAAUCAUUCUGGUCAGGAAUCAUUCUGGUCAGGAAUCAUUCUGGUCAGGAAUCAUUCUGGUCAGCAAUCAUUCUGGUCAGGAAUCAUUCUGGUCAGGAAUCAUUCUGGUCAGGAAUCAUUCUGGUCAGGAAUCAUUCUGGUCAGGAAUCAUUCUGGUCAGGAAUCAUUCUGGUCAGCAAUCAUUCUGGUCAGGAAUCAUUCUGGUCAGCAAUCAUUCUGGUCAGUAAUCAUUCUGGUCAGCAAUCAUUAUGGUCAGGUAAGUGGUUUUAAAACGAAGUGUUUCCCAUUAGAAAUAUUAAUUAUUUAAAAUUAAAAGCGUAAUUUUCAACAAAAAAUGUUUAAAUUAUUUUCACAGACAAAAUGGAGCCAACUCCCAACAACGUAAAUAGAAAUCCAGUCCAAGGCAGCAGGGAUUCUCAUGUCCCCAACGGUCGGCCCACGCCCAUGGAAGUAGACAAUGGGAAUGGACUGACCAUCACAGCGUCACUAAGUGAAUCGCCUCGUUUUGCGAGAAGGAACCAAUCAGCCAAUUCAACUGAGAGUGUUACCGUAAGUCCAAGGCCAGGAGACCGACCAACUACACACACGGUUCUCAGGGAAGGCAACGGGGUUCACGCUCCAAAUGUCCAGGGAACAGUAAAUAGACAAGCUGAUGUCCUGGGAACCAUUACCAUUGGUGAGGCUAACGAUGCGUUUGUACCUGGGAGACCAUGCGUUAUCCAACGCAACACUUUUCAAAUAUUUGUUCAAAACCAUCUUGACAGUAAGCCCUAUACGUUUGAAGUACAGACAAGUUAUCGUGUUGACGAGUUGAUGGGCAUGAUUUUUGACAAGUUGCGCAUUCCUAAAGAUCAGCAACGUUUGACCUAUGCUGGGAGAAAUCUGUCGCCUGGAAUGACCCUUGAGCACUACGAUAUCAAAGAGAACACUACUGUUUUUCUGACCGGGCGUCUACGAGGUGGUUAGGAAAUAUUGAACAUGAAACAAUUUAUCGAUGAGCCCUGGAAAUAUUACCAGACUGGAGGUACUUUUACUUUAUUGUUCCCCAGCAGUAGUAUGGCGCGGUAAAUAGACUGAAAUAUUUAGACGAAAAGAAAUAACAUAAAAACUUUCUUUUGUAUUGAAAUGUUUUGAAUGUAGAUUUUUAUCUGAAAAUGUUGAUUUGUUAAUGAAAGGGUGUAAAUGUCGAUCUGUACCUGAAAUUAUAAUAUGCAUGUCGAUGUGUACCUUAAAACUAUGUACAUGUUGAUUUGUUAAUGAUAGGGUGUAAAUGUCGAUCUGUACCUGAAAUUAUAAUAUGCAUGUCGAUGUGUACCUUAAAACUAUGUACAUGUUGAUUUGUUAAUGAUAGGGUGUAAAUGUCGAUGUGUACCUUAAAACUAUGUACAUGUUGAUUUGUUAAUGAUAGGGUGUAAAUGUCGAUGUGUACCUUAAAACUAUGUACAUGUUGAUUUGUUAAUGAUAGGGUGUAAAUGUC